AUGACUACACAACAAGUGCUAGGACUGCCUCCCAUCACUUUAGAACUCAAGUCCAUCACUCCGUACCUCCAACGCGCAGAUGAAGUCAAAAACCAGGAACCCAUUAUCGCAUACUGGUGUGCCUACUAUGCUGCUCAGGUCGGCAUUGGUCUCAAAGCGAAAGAUCCCGCAUCUAGGGACGUCCUCUUCGCUCUCCUGUCCGUUCUCGAGCAUAUGAAAUCCAACAUUGGGCCUAGCGAUGCUAUCGAUAUCGAGGUCGCUAGCUCAGCCUACGUUGAGAAUUUUGCACUCAAGAUCUUCUCAAUGGCUGAUAACGAGGACCGUUCUGGACAUACAAAGAGGACGACUGCUAAGAAGUUUUUGGCCGCAGCAAACUUUCUCGAGGUUCUUAAAAUCUUUCCCAAGCCCGACAGUUCGGAUACUAAUGGAGAAAAAAUUCGUUACGCCAAGUGGAAGGCUGCUGAUAUUGCAAAGGCUUAUCGGGAAGGACGAAAGCCCACGCCAGGUCCUCCUGGCUUUGUAACUGAAUCAGAGCAACAACCCGUUUUUCCGUCACCUCCUGAACAACUCUUCAAUGAUCCUUCUGAGGCUACCUUGAUGUCUCCUUCGCCUACCAGGGGUACUCCCCCCCAUUCCCCACCCCAUGCGAGGCGCACGUCACCGCUGCCUCCUGACAUCGAUGCAUUUGACGUGCGACCUUCCGAACCUUACGAUCAACCAAUUACACUUCCAGGGCCAAUCCACAUUGAGGUUGACCUCCCUCAUUCCCAAGAAGUUUGGGAAACUGACGGUAUGUCUACCGGGCGGGAAAAUUGGAGCACAUUCGCCACUCCUGGAACGGCUGUUUUCAACGAUGUAACCGUUCCUAAUCUCGAAGUUCCGCAUCAAGAGGAUCAUGCUCGGGACCGGGAAUCACCAAUAGACAGUGAUUGGCCGACUGGGAAGAAUCAACAAGGAGGGGAGUUAAAGUCAAGCAGUGGGAGUGAAAGUAGUUCUGGAAAUGGGCCGACAGAGUGGGUCAUCAAGGGCUCGGAAGGACAGCACCCAACAUCCCCUUACCUGGAAACAAGUCACCUACCCAAUGGCAGCCCCCCAAAAGAGGUGCAUUUCACGCCUUCGCUUCAAGGGUCGCCAACGACCAACCCUCCCCCGUCUGCCACUGAGCAUUACGACCCAUCAUCGAAAUUCACACCUCAAACGCCACCCACUUUCGUAUACCCACCCUUCGCUCCAGUGGUCCCCCAUCAUGCUCCCCACACCUACAUACAUCCAGUACCCCCUCCACAACGCCAGUCAAUUCCUGCUCAAGCCCCACCGGAACUAACUCCAGGCGUCAUCGCAAAAGUGCAAAAACACUGUCGUUUUGCGAGUAGCGCGCUAGAUUAUGAGGAUGCUGAGCAGGCAAAGAAAGAGCUAAGAGCCGCACUCGCCAUGCUAGGUGGUUGA